AUGAGCUUUCGAGAGGCUGUAGCCGCCUUUCUAGCUAUUGCGAUUACUGGUUUCCUGGACGUUCUUUGGCUGAAAGUCACCGUCGUUUGUUGUCUCAAUCACUGGGCUUUCAUCAAUGCUGCCGGAACCUUGGAGCCAGUCUUUGGGCCUUUGCGAGAGUCUCAAGGAGCAUUGGGGCCAACAAUAUCCAGAGUCUGGAGUGGAAGGACCUGGCACGCCAUCCAAGUCGGACUGGGUUUUGUCUCCAUGAUUCUCGCUGUUGCUCAUCUCACCUCGGUAGAAGCGGAACCGUAUCUCAUCAUGUGGGGAGUCUUUGCCCGGCCCGCAGCAAAGCUCGUGGCUAAUGGUUCAUCGGCAAGGGAGCCAGAAGGAUGGUGGCAGGUCGUAUCGACGAGGAUAUCGGAUGUUCUCACGAUGUUUCCGCCUUUCCAAUACAUCCCGAACAUCUAUAAAGCACCCGUAGCACUUCUUGCAUUUUCUCUUGCACUGCUAUGGGCACUCUGGUUUGGUAUUGAGCAGAUCAUGCCAUGGUUUAUUACGCAGGUAUCAUUGGGAUCGACUGUCAUCGUCAGCGACUUACACAUGGUUAAGAGAGGCUCUCCAUCAGCUGCUAGCUCGGUGUGGGCACCGGCUUUGCUGAGUGCAGCUGUCACGCUUGCGUGUCAUAUUCAUAAGACAUGGCAGGACGGUCAGAAAGAGAUUGCUAACAACGUAAUGCAAAAGGCCGUGGUGGAGCAAUUGACUGGGCUCGUUAAGCAGCAAAAAGCUAUGGCUGAGCAGCUGAUUGUGUUCAACAACAAGCUUCCAGACUUGAUCGCGCAUGCUGUAGCCCAGCAACUGAAAGCAACACUCAGCGCACAGCCUACUGCAUGUAGUGUGCAGUACCACACCUCGAACGGCCUGUCGGUCCUUCCGGUUCCAACCAUCAUGACAUCCGUUCACACUGCCGAUAUCUCUUCCGAAGUCAUGUCUGUGAUGGGGUCCAUGAGUGAGUCAAUUGAGAUAGACAGCGUUGUCUGUCGAAAGAGCGAAGACCAGGUGACAUCUACACCACCCCUAACAACCGAUUCAAAGAUAUCGACCAAUCGAUGCCAUGGUGAAGAAUGCUACACGCUUGAUUGUUCUGGCAAGAGAUCCACGGGAGGGUUUUGUAGUGAUGAGUUAGAGUCGCUCGCGAAAAGCACCGAGCUGCUCGACCGCUUCCGCCAGGAUAAGUCCCGUAAUACUGAUAGCUUGAACGGGUUCAGCGAAGAGGAUGAUGAUGUUGAUAGAGAUAUCUCCAUGGGAUCUCCGUCAAACUCUAGCGUCUGGGUUCAUGUCGCCAACCCCGAUGUGUAG